UAUGCCACCGGCGGAAGAUUCAUCUUAUAAAACUUGUGCUUUUAUAAAAGAAGGAAAAUUGCGAGCUGAUGAUUGUUCGAAAAAUUUGAAGGCGCUAUGUUAUUUAGAUGAUUUAUAUACAACUAAAGCUACUGUUGGUAAAUAUUCUGACAGUUCUUUUUCCUUAAUGGCUCCUUUACUAGGUAUUGCUAUUGGCGUAACUUGUUUCGUUCUUAUCGUGCUGAUCAUAGUUGGCUAUAAAAAGAGAAAACGGGAGAAGAAAGCUAUAGAACAGCCAGAGGAAAACAAGGAAGAUAUAAAUUCUGAAGAUCACUUUUCGCAUGGCACUGUUUUUGAUUCAACUGACUAUGGAAUAAACAGCGAAGCUCGCACACCAAAAGACAGCUGGAGAUGGAAAGGAGUUGAUCACGUAGAUUUCAAAAUGUGA